AUGGGAGAUAAUGUUUUAACUACCGACGAAGUUUUACUUAAUAAUGGUGAUAUAGAAUGGCAACCUCUUGCGUUGACUCUAGUCGAAUAUCCCAAAGGAGAUUGGAUUGGUAAAUUUUUUGCACUUAUUAGUUUGGCACCUUUUGGAAUUGGAGCCGGAUUUGUGACGCUAAUUUUAUUUAGACGAGAUCUUCAUACAAUAGCUUUCUUUUGUGGUACUUUAGCCAACGAGUUAUUAAAUAUUGUCUUAAAACAUUUAAUUUGUGAAGCAAGGCCACUUGCAAGAGGUAAUUUAUAUAAUGAAUAUGGAAUGCCCUCAUCUCAUGCUCAAUAUGUAUGGUUCUUCAGUGUUUAUGUGCUCUACUUUUUUAUCAUAAGAUUACAUCAUAUUAACAACAACAGUAUCAUCUCGGCAUUGUGGAGAGUGAUAAUUGUAGGCAGUUGCCUUACUCUAGCAGUUUUAGUAAGCAUUGGUAGAGUUUAUUUACACUAUCACACUACAUCUCAAGUUGUAGUCGGUGGUAUAGUGGGAUUUAUAUUUGCAACUAUUUGGUUUAUAGUUGUACACAGGGUUCUUACGCCAUUAUUCCCACAGUUAGUUUCAUUAAAGCUAUGUGAAAUGUUAAUGAUACGGGACACAACUUUGAUACCAAACGUAUUGUGGUUUGAGUAUACUAAGUCGAGACAAGAAGCGCGAGCUCGAGGACGUAAGAUGGCGUCUUUAAAGACCACACAAUGA